CGGGCGGCGGCUCCGCGAUCUCCGCCGCGAUGCUGCCGCUGCUCCGCCGCGCUUGGGCGGCCGCCGUCGCCUCCUCCUCCUCCUCAUCCUCCUCCUGCUCCCCACAGCGGGGCAGCCGCCAGUGCAGCCUCGGCGCCUGCUGCUCCUACCGCCUGCGAGACGCCCUGCAUCCGCUGUGGCAGAGCCCGCUGGCGAUUCCCGGAGGCACCCGCCAGUCUCCCAUCAACAUCCAGUGGAGGGACAGCGUUUAUGAUCCCUUCCUGAAGCCUCUGAAAAUCGCCUACGACCCCACCACCUGUCUUCACAUCUGGAACAAUGGCUACUCCUUCCUGGUGGAGUUUGAUGAUUCUGCUGAUAGAUCAAUCAUCGUUGGAGGCCCCUUGAAAAACCAGUACAGGCUAAAGCAGUUCCACUUCCACUGGGGAGCUAUCAACGACUGGGGCUCAGAGCACACAGUUGACUGUAAAUUUUACCCAGCAGAGCUGCAUUUGGUGCACUGGAAUGCUGUGGAGUACCCGAGUUUCGAGGAAGCUGUGAUGGAAGGGAAUGGCCUGGCCGUUAUUGGAGUGUUCUUAAAGCUGGGAGCACGGCACGAAGGGCUGCAGACCCUGGUGGAUGCCCUGCCUGCAGUCAGACACAAGGACACUGUGAUCGAGUUUGAUGACUUUGAUCCCUCCUGCCUGAUCCCUUCCUGCCCUGAUUACUGGACCUACGCCGGCUCCUUGACCACUCCUCCCCUCACCGAAUCAGUCACGUGGAUCAUUAAGAAGAAGCCAAUCGAGGUGGAUGAGGAUCAGCUGGAGGCCUUUCGGACGCUGCUGUUCACGUCGGACGGGGAGGAGGAGAGGAGGAUGGUGGACAACUUCCGCCCGCUGCAGCCGCUGAUGAACCGCACGGUGCGCUCGUCCUUCCGCCCCCAGCUCGGCCCCUAGCUGCUCUGCGCCCUCAGCCCAGGCUGCACGGCUUUUUCAGUCAUUUUUUUUCUCAGUGCCGCUGCUCCUUGAUCCUCACUGAAGCAGCUGGGUUGUUGUUUUUUGGGUUUGUUUGUUUUUUUUUUUAGUUUUGUUUUGGUUUUUUUUAAGAAGUGAAUAAUAUUAACCCGUAACGAAUUGGCUUGUUCCGAGGCGGGGGGCAAUGAGGAGUUAUUGAGGUAGUUAAAAAUGAGGAGAAGCUCGUCCCCUGAUCCUUCUCUAAUUGUUCGGUGUUUCUUCAAAGGCUCUUUCAGUGCCUUGCAUGAAUUAGUAAUCCUGGGUAAAAGUUGUUAAGAAGGAGAAAGUGGGGAGAAAAAGAUCAGUCUUUUUGGGGAUUUGUUUGAUGUCUGGGAAGAGAGCUGGAAGGGAACUAGCUUGUUUCAGAGAUGUUUUACGUUCUUCCUUUUUCCUUGGAUGAGGAGAAGGACCAAAGUGACUUCCAGGAUGUCUUUCCAUUCUGUUGGCUGCACAUCCCAUGUUUGAUGUGGGUGCCACAGAAUGCCCACUGUAACUAUGCCAGGAGCCAGAAGACUUUUUCUAAAACCUUUUAACAACUGUAGAAGCUUUUGGCUUUUGCUUUCUUUUGCUUUCCUGUGUUGGUAAUAUAUCAGGAGAAGGGAGGAGAAGAGAAUUCACCAGUAUCUCAAGACUGGCAAGAGCAGCAAAUUAGGUGAAAAUGUCCAAUUAAUCCCAGAAACUGAUCACAUCAGAGGAAAGCAAGAUUAGAUAAGGCCCAGCUGACCCCUAUCAGUGGGAUUAGGAGGGAAAAAAACCCAACCAAUUCCUCAAAUUCCAAUUCCUGUGGUAGGACAGUGUGGACAAAACACAGCACUCAGAGAGGGCUUGCAUUUCAGUAACUCAUAGAGCACCAGUGCUCUCUUCACAGUUUUGCCUUGAGAUGUCUUUUCCUAUAAAAACACUUACUGAGCUCCAGGACCAGUGGGGACCAGUUUGUUUUCAUUGCACUUUAUGGUAACGAGGACCAGUGGUGGUUGGAAUUGAUUUGUGGACCAAGCAGAGCUGCCGUGCCAGCUCUGAGCCUUUUCCAAGGAUCACUGACCUCUCACAUCCUACUAAACGUAAUUUUCUCUCAAGCACCUUUCUCUCUGGCCUUUCAUGUAUUUAGCAGAUUAUUCAAUUACCAGAUUUCUGAUGAGGAGCAGCUCUGUCUGUGAACUCCCUGUGUGAUCUCCAUGGGUUGUGUUGGAGAAGUCUUUUGAGGAAUCUUUCCUCCCUCUCGGGUUCCCGAUGGGAUUCAGUGAAGCCAUGACCUGGCAACGCUAAAUCCAGACCCUUCCAAUUGGUACUUCAGUUUUUUUGAAGUCUAAGUGUUCAGCUUCAAAGCACUUUAACACUUUGCAGCGUGCCCCUGAUGAUUUUAAGGGUUGGAGAUAAUCUCGUUGGACUGGUUGAGUGCCCAGAUCCUGCCCUUCCUUCCUCAACAGCUCUACCUCAGGCUGUUGUUCUGGUGCCACAGCUGUGCCUCUGUCCCCUGAAACGUGGCCACUUCAGUUGAAGUGACUCUGGGUGGUGAAAGGAAGGAACUCUCCUAUCCCGCUGUAGGAUAUUUUCCCUGUCAGGAAUUCAGCGUGGCGGUGGAGCUCUCUGGUUUCACCACUUCCCCUGAGCCCUCCCUGCCUUGGGGAACCUUUCCAUCUUGGUUGUGCCAUCUCCCUUUGGGAUGGGGUCUGGGAUUAUCCUGGGACAGUGGAAGGUGUCCCUGCUGUGGCAGGGGUGGCACUGGAUGAGCUUUAAGGUCCUUUCCCACCCAAACCAUUCCAGGAUUUUCUGAUUCCAUGAUUUCAGUUGAACUCUGCAGGCUUUGCCAUCAUCACACAGAGUUUUAGCUCCAAAACCACGUCAGUGAUGUUUUUGCUGGAGAAUGAUACAUUCCAAAAUAAAGCUGGAAGGAAUAUCUGCAGUUCUGGGAACAGGAGAAGAAUUAUUUUACUUUUAGCCUGAAUGUAUAGUAAUUGUGACCCAGUCAUUAAGUCUGAGAUAUUUAUUCAGUGCUGUUCUUGCAGAUGCUUUUUCUGAGGAGGACCCUCAGAAUUUUCUACUCAGCUCAAAUAUUUUCUACUCAUUAAUAGAAAAAAUUGUAAUACAAAGCCAUGUUAAUGUUGCCUUUUAUUUAAAAACAGCAGCACUGGGCUGUAGGUGCAUCAAUCUCCUUAUCAUUUAUGAAUGCAUCUUUUGUAAUUGUCCAGGUUUUAAAUUGCUUUUGUAAUUCCCACUGAGUUUUUUGGAUUUCUCUGAUCCACUGAGAAGAAUCACCAGUUGAUCCAGCUUUCCCAUGAGACCCCAAAUCCAGAUUAUUUUAGGGAACUGCCAGGGCGUCACUGUUUAACUUCAGCUGCUCUGGAACUCUGUAGCAGCCUCACACCCGCUGAGUUCUCCAUGUUUUGCUCCUCUCGAUCAGAUUUUCCUCCUGGAUGUGUAAAUCCCUUUAGAACCAGCCUGCAUUCAUCAGAGGCAAUGUGGGAUAUUCCCUUCCCAGUGAUCCAGUUAAAGUUCUCACAGAGAUUUACUUUUGUUCGAGUAUUGCCAUGGAAGCUUUGUUAGAGAAUGGUGAAUUACCUGGUGAUACAGUUAAGCUGUGUCCAUAUUUACAUCAAAUCACACCUAUUUCUAUGGACAUAAAAUGAAGAAAUUCCAAUUUCAGCACUGAUCACUUCAAAUAUCUGUGAACAGGGUUAAUGUAGAUAAAAAAAUAUCUGUGCUAUGCUAUGAAAAGAAGUUUUACAGGGGUUUUACGUUUAUUUUGCUGUUUAUUGAGUUCUGCAUUUAUGUGUAGUGUUUUAGCAUCUCCUUAAGGUAGGCAGGAGCUCAGCUGCAGGGCAGAUUGUUGGAAUUAAUCUGGAAAUGAAACACACUGGGGUUUUGGGGUGUAUUUUUUUCAGUUUUAACUUUUCUGUUGCAAUGAUUUUAUUGACCUUCUGAAUGUAAACUUGAGGAAAAAAAUUGUGUUUAGAAGUAGAGAUGGGAUAGAAUUCCUGUGCCUUAUUCUCUCAGUUCUGUGUGGAAAAAAAAUGAUUUGACUGUUGGGUUAGAGGUGAUUUUUGUGAUGACUUUGCACAAUUAAGUUAAAAAGGAAUCUUUGGGCUCUUUUGGGUGGCACAGUACAAAAGGGUCAAAAGCACAUAUUUGUAUUUCCCUUGCAUAAGAGACACUUUAUUACUAAAUAUUGCCCUGGGAGGAAUUCCUGGGGCAGCAAGUCCCAGGAAUUAAAGACUGUCACAGGAAUAAUUCUGGGACAACUCCCUGCAAAGGGAGAGGAGAAGGUUUGGAGCAGGCCUGUGCAUGUGCUGCUCUGAUUCCAGCUGCCUUUCAGGAUUUCUCUGAAAUGCUGCUCUCACCUUGUCCUGGGUGACUUCACAGUUGGGACAACUUCCUCUGCUGUUGGAAUGUUUGAUCCCUGUUCCUGCAUUCCAGAACUUUCACUCUUCAGGUGUUCCUGACCGCUUUUGUGCUGCCUUCUCUGCCAGGAGUGACAGGAGGGUCUCCCCUGGUUUUUGGCAUCUCCAGAAUUGGAGUUUGCUUUGAUCUCCAGAGGGUUUUAGAGGACUGGAAUUCUGCUUUGGAUGAAGGGUCCCCUCAUGCCUUAAUUUGGGAUGUUUUAACUUGUAUUUCCUGGCACAUCUUGGCUUUUUUUUUUUCUUUGUGCAUCUCGUUUUUGUGGCCUUUAUGACAUUGUGUAUUUAAUGGGUGUUACCUGCCUGAAAUCACCGCAGACACCACCUGGGAAUGCCUUAUGUUUUCCUGGGAUUACAGGCCCUUCCCCAGAGUUUUUCCCUGAUGUAUAGAACCCUUCAGCUGCUGCAUUUUACACUGUUACAUUAGUGUGCAACUACAAUAAAGGACUAGAGAAACCCA